CAUUUCUCGUGGCCCGUGUGCGUGAAUUGUGAAGAUGAAUCAACCCGGUUGUUUGCCUGUGACAGCCAAAAUGCAAAGCAAAGCAAAGAAAGUGUUGGACGAAGCCCGCGAGACGAAGAAUCGCGAAAUAGAUCUGGUGGACCGUAAUAUUUCCAACUUCGAGGAAUUACCUGGAUUGCUAAAUAUGGUGUUUGUGACGAGAAUAACGCUGAGCCACAACAAACUAAAGAGUGUUCCGCCCGGCAUAGCGAACCUGAUAAACCUGGAAAUUUUGAACCUGUCCAACAACCAAAUCGUCGAACUGCCGCUGUCUUUAUCGUCGAUGCCGAAACUCCGAAUUUUGAACUGCUCCAUCAACAAGCUCGACACGUUGCCCCGGGGAUUUGGAGCGUUUCCGGUGCUAGAGGUGUUGGAUCUUUCGUACAAUAACUUGAAGGAGAGCGUUCUGCCAGGAAAUUUCUUCAUGAUGGAUUCGCUUCGUGCUCUCUAUCUCGGCGACAACGAGUUUGAGUAUUUGCCGCCGGAGAUAAAAAACCUGAAAAACCUGCAAAUCCUUGGUCUGCGCGAUAAUGAUCUGCUGGAGUUACCGCGUGAAAUUGGGGAACUGACGCGCAUCCGUGAGCUGCACAUUCAGAACAAUCGGUUGAGCGUGCUGCCCCCGGAGGUCGCCAAUCUAGACAUGCCGGGACCGAAGUCGGUGCUGAAGAUGGAGGAAAACCCGUGGGUGACGGCUAUUGCGGAACAGUAUCUGGUCGGAAUUAGCCAUGUCUUGGAGUACAUCAAGACCGAGGCGUACAGGAUCCUCUACAAUCGCCAUACGUCGGGCAGCAAAUCUUCGGGCAACAUUCCGCCAAAAUCUGACAAAUCCAAAAAGGCUUCCAGGGCUCGCUCUUAAGGAUGCCGGUUCGCGAAAGUCUCCGGUGACCAAAUGUUAUCUAUGUGCC